AUGGUUGCCACAGGAUUACCAGAAGGUUGGACUCUAAGAAAAUCACGUACUCAUAAUAAAGAUUAUUAUUUUAAAGAUUCAACAAAAGAAUCAGUUUGGGAACCACCAGCAGGUACAGAUUUAGAUCAAUUACAAAAAUAUUUAAAUCAACCAAAAAAAGUUAAAGCAAGUCAUUUAUUAAUUAAACAUAAAGAUUCAAGAAGACCAGCAUCAUGGAAAUCUGAAAAUAUUACAAGAACUAAAGAAGAAGCUAUUGAAAUUUUGAAAAAACAUCAAGAAAGAAUUAAAAAUGGUGAAGCUACAUUAGGUGAAAUUGCUAAAACAGAAAGUGAUUGUUCUUCAGCUAAAAGAAAUGGUGAUUUAGGACCAUUUGAAAGAGGUCAAAUGCAACCACCAUUUGAAAAUGCUACAUUUGAUUUAGAAAUUGGUCAAAUAAGUGAUAUUGUUGAAACAGAUAGUGGUGUUCAUUUAAUUGAAAGAACAGGUUAA